CUCGGGCUUGAUAAACAAAGGAGUUUUUAUUUUAGACUCAAACUCGACUCGAACUCGAUAAGGCUCGACUUGUUUCGAGCUUUUUCUCGAGCCGAUCUCGAGUAACUCGCGAGCCGGUCGGCCCGUUUGCACGCCUUACAACAACAUAAAAACCAAAGGGCUCAAUCUUAACAUCAUCCCCAAUAAACCCACUCCCCCGCCCAUCUUCUUCCUCCAAUUAACAACAUCCAUUCUGCAUUCUUCCAACCUCUUUAUUUUACAAAUUGCAAUAAGGGGUUCCAAUCCCCACGGUUAAACUCACAACUGUCCACCUCACAACAACUUAUCCACGUGUCACUAACCGCCACUUUUUAUUUAAACCCCUUCAACUAUCAUAAUAUCAUAUUCAUCUUAUAACUAACCAAUUUUUGUUCUUCUGUCUGGCUUCUCAAAAGGAUCAACAAUUCACAAGUUAUCAAGCUGCAAUGGAUGGAGUUAUCGGCUUUGAAGAUGGUGAUGUUGCGAGUUUAAUAUCGUCUCCUGAAGGAAAGCCAACCAUUGAUAUAGGAAAACAAAUCUUCUGUAACAGUGCAGUCAACAUGAAAAAUAUAGUCGCUGUCGGUUUUGACAUGGACUAUACUUUAGCACAAUACAAACCAGAUACGUUCGAGUCCCUUGCGUAUGACGGGACAAUUGAGAAGCUAGUUACCAACCUCGGGUAUCCGAAAGAGCUACUGGAAUGGUCGUUUGACUGGACAUACAUGGUUAGAGGACUCGUGCUCGACAAAAAAAGAGGAAAUGUACUGAAGAUGGACAGGCAUAAAUAUGUGAAAGUAGCAUAUCAUGGAUUUCGAUUGAUAUCGAAGAAUGAAAAGGUUGCUACGUACGGGAAUACUUUCACGAGAGAUGCGUUCGAUGGGCCCGACUAUGCGCACAUUGACACCCUUUUUUCACUUGCUGAAGCGUACUUGUUUGCUCAGCUUGUUGAUUUUAAGGAUAGCAAUCCGGAGAAAAUGUCAGAAGUAAAAGACUACUAUUGUAUCUACACCGAUGUCCGCUCUGCUAUCGAUAUGUGUCACCGUGAUGGAUCUUUGAAGGAAAUGGUUGCAAAAGAUCCAAAAAAGUAUAUUAACAAGGACAAUUCUAUAGUCCCAAUGCUUAAAAUGUUAAAAACUUCUGGGCGUGCUGUAUUCAUGGUGACCAACAGCCUAUGGGAUUAUACGAAUGUUGUGAUGAAUUUUGUAUUUGGGGCGCGAACAAUGGAUGGCGAUUCCUCUUUGAGCCUUGAUUGGCUCCAACAUUUUGAUUUUGUCAUCACUGGCAGCGCGAAGCCAGGCUUUUUCCAUGAUGAAAACCGUGCUAAUAUUUUUAUGGUCGAGACAGACUCGGGGAAGCUUGUUAACACUGACAAUGGCACUCCACUUGCUCAGGUGGGAAGCCCCGCUUUAGAGUUGCCCAAUCAGAUUCCAAAUAAGCAUUGCAAGGUGUUUCAGGGAGGUAAUGUUGGCCAUCUGCAUAAACUACUUAAUGUGGGAUCAAGUUCACAGGUUUUGUAUGUCGGAGAUCAUAUAUACGGGGAUAUCUUACGGAGCAAAAAAGUUUUGGGCUGGAGGACAAUGCUUAUUGUUCCGGAACUUGAAAAGGAGGCUAGAGUUCUCUCGUCCUCGAGGGAGACUCGAAAGAGACUCCAACUGCUAAGAAGUGAGCGAGAUCAAAUCGAAGAUCAAACCCAUCAUUUGAAGUGGUCCCUUGAGCAUGGAAAUCUGGAUGCUGGUGAAAGAGAAAAGCUCACUUCAAAUCUUGAAGUACUUCAGGUUCAAGGUGCCCGUGUUCGUGCAUCACAUCAAGAGUCUCAAAAAAGUUUCCAUCAGAAGUUCCAUCCCGUGUGGGGCCAGCUUAUGAAAACCGGUUAUCAAAACUCCCGCUUUGCACACCAGGUGGAGAGAUUUGCUUGUCUGUACACAAGUCAAGUUGGCAACCUGGGGUUAUACCCUCCGGCGAAAUACUACAGGCCCGGUGAGGACUUAAUGGCACAUGAGUCGGAUGUACUCACAAAGUAAAAAAGCAUAGUAUGUUGUUAUGAUACUCUCUCAGUUCCAAAUGCAUGCUGAGUUAAACCCGACCCGAACCGAGUCUCAGCCAAUUAGUUUGUUUGUUUGUUUGUUGUGUGCUGUGUAUGUCUAUGACUCCAUGCUUGUUAGUGUCAGUUGUUCUUUUCUGCAUAUUGUUGUUUAAAUUCAAAACAAUAGGCACAA